CCUCUCAAACAAAAUGUCCGCCAACCGCGGCGCCAAAAUCAUCCUCCACUCCCUCGAACGCUCCCGGUCCCAACGCAUUCUCUGGCUCCUCGAAGAAUUGCGCCUCACCUACGAGAUCCAACCGUACAAACGCGACGCCACGCAGCGCGCCCCGGCCGCCCUGAAGCACCUGCACCCGCUCGGCAAAAGCCCCGUGCUCAGCAUCGCGCCGCCGCCCGCGUCAGCCCACCAACAACCACAACCCCCGCUAAUCCUCGCCGAAUCCGCCGCCAUCAUCGAGUAUCUGGUAGAUCAUUUCCUACCCCCACCGGCUCCGGGUGCGGAUCCGCACCCUCCCCCAAAGUUGACCCUCCCGCCGCGCUGGACCGCCGGCCGCGAGAACCAGCCCGGCGGGGAGACGGCGGCGUGGCUGCGGUACCGGUAUCUGAUGCAUUAUGCGGAGGGGAGUUUGAUGCCGUUGGUUGUGGUACGAAUUUUGAUGGACGGCAAGGAUGGGGGGUCUCGAUCCGCUGACAAUUUGGUGGCUGGGAUGGGGUGGGAUGGGUGUGUAGUGGUCCAAACCGCCCCCGCGCCGUUCUUCGUCAAACCCGUGCUCGGGCUCGUGCCCGCCAUUGUGAACAGGGAGUAUACGCGGCCGAAUCUGGAGACGCAUUUUGGGUUCUUGGAGGCGCAGUUGGAGAGGAUCGCGGGGGUGGGGGCUGCUGCUGCUGCUGCUGCUCCUGCCUACCUGACCGGUACGCGGUUCACCCCAGCAGAUAUCCUCAUGAGUUAUCCGUUGGUGAUUGCGGAGGAGAUCAAGGCAAUUAAUCCCGACCGGUUCCCGCGGCUGCGGGGGUAUGUGAAGGGUUUGAGGGGCAUGGAGGGGUAUCGGAGGGCUGUGCAGGUUUUGGAAGAGGUCGAGGGGCAGGAGUAUAGGCCUUUUUGA